CUCUCUCUCUCUCUCUGUGUAGAGAGCAAAAAAGAUAAAGUCCAACUCUUAAGCUUCCUUGCACACAUCCCCUGUACCUUUCCACCACCAAUGCAGUCCAUCUAGUCAAAUCACAACCCCACACGUCACCCAAAAAGGGCACUUCAGUAAUUUCACGAAUUCAAGACACUGUUUUUUCCUCAUGGUUGGUUCGUUGCGGUUGGCGAGUCUACAUGGAUAAUGAAGAGUGAGAGUGUGGAGUGUAGAAACUCACUCAACUUGGAGCUCGGAACUUGUACAGGAACCAAACACCGUUUACCAGAGACAAGAGAAAACCAGGCUCUGCAAAACCGCCUUUUUUUCUUUUUCUUUUUCUUUUUCUUUUUCUUUUGCUUACGGAGAUUUAUUAGAUAGAUAUAGGUACAGUGAGUGAUGCUGCAGGAAGUGUUAUCGUACGCCAGGGAGCGUUGGGACACUUAACGUACGCCCCGCAACCCCAGAAAUGGUAAAAAGGUUCAGACUUUGCAGCAGCAGAAGAGAGAGAGAGGCUUCAAUGCUCAAAAUACGGAGGAGGCAGGCCCCUACUACACAAGCACAAUCUUGGGUUAGUUUGCUCGUACUAACCAACCAGAGAUUCUCCACUAUUGAAAGCAACCGAGGUCUAAGGAAGCUGCUUGCUUGAGGCUUACCUUACCACAGAGAAGAAACACAACAACACAAGGCAUGCACUUUGGUCUUUGUGGUUGUAGUACCUACCUAAUAUACACGUAUAUUAUAUAUACAUAUAUGUGUAUAUAUAGUAGCUAGCAGACAUGGACGAUGGUGUUGUCAGCUAAAAUAGGUGAAUCUUUUUCUACUUUCUGACUGGGGGUUUUUGAAGAGCGUUGAGGUUAGAUCGUCGGUGACUGUUAUUUGGUUUAAAGAAGUGGGUUUUGGGUAGUUGGAUUUUAAAUGUUGUUGGGUGGAUCUGAUUCUGGGAUUUGGAAAAGUUGAAUGUUGUUAGGGUUUUCAUGCAGGAAAACAACAAGGGGAAAGAGAGAUAGAUUUGGCUAGGUGGGUUUGGGUGAGGUUUUGGGUGAGGUUUUGGAUUGUAUCUGUUGGAUUUGAGGAUUGUUUUUCUUAUAUUACUUAUCAGGGAAAUCUCAAUCUAAGACGCUACACUGCUCUACAGCAACAGCAACCAAACAAAGAACAAGAAGGAGAGAGAGAGAGAGAGAGAGAGAGAGAGAGAGAGAGAGAGGUGUAAUAAGCGAGGCUAAAGAUUUGAUCUUUUGCCUUCCUUAAUUAGCUAGCUCGGUGCUUGUCGUUAUCCAAUUCAAACCAACCAAAAACAGAAAGAGUGUAAAGACAGGAGCUUUGUUUGGUUCUCUCUGGGAUUUGUUUCCUUUCUUGCUUGGAUUUGGAUUUGGAGUUUUGGGUUUUCUCCUUUCUGAGAUUUAGAAAUCCAUGGCGAAUCGAUGGUGGGCUGGAAAUGUAGCCAUGGGAGGAGGGCAUGUGGACUCAAUCUCCUCAACUCCUCCAUCUCUUCACCUCAGAAACACAGAAGAACAGCUCGACGACCACAACACCACCAACACUCCCACUAACAGCAGCACCAGCAACCCAACAACCACCCCUAACAAGCAAAACGACGAACACCACGAAGACGGUCGGGACAACAACGAUCUCGAAGCUGAUAAUCAGGACCCCAACACUGGCAGCGGUAGCCACGACAGCCUCGAGCCGGGAAGCAGCAACCGGAGACCGCGUGGCAGACCUCCCGGGUCGAAAAACAAGCCCAAACCGCCAAUAAUCAUCACCAAAGAGAGCCCCAACGCGCUCCGGAGCCACGUCCUGGAAAUCAGCAGCGGCAGCGACAUUGUGGAUAGCAUUGCCACCUUUGCCCAAAGGCGGCAUAGAGGGGUUUCGGUUCUGAGCGGAAGCGGCAUUGUCGCCAAUGUAACUCUACGACAUCCUGCAGCACCAAGUGGAGUGAUCACACUGCACGGGAGGUUCGAGAUUUUGUCGUUGUCGGGUGCCUUCCUGCCCUCUCCCUCCCCGCCCGGGGCGACCGGGCUGACCGUGUACUUGGCCGGUGGACAGGGGCAGGUGGUGGGCGGGACUGUGAUGGGGGCAUUGGUGGCUUCAGGCCCUGUGAUGGUCAUUGCGGCGACAUUUACAAACGCAACUUACGAGAGAUUGCCGCUUGAGGAUGAGCAAGCUGGAGAAGGAGGGAUGCAGGUGCAGCAACAACAGCAGCAGCAGCAACAAUCAGGUGUGAAUUCGGCAGGGACUGGAGGGAAUUCAGGUUCUCAAGGUUUGGUGGAACAUACUAGUUCAAUGGCCAUUUAUAAUUUGCCUCCAAAUUUGCUUCCAAAUGGUCAGAUGCCUCCUGAUGUGUUUUGGGGUCCUCCUCCUCCCAGACCCCCUCCUCCAUCGUAUUGAGAGAAAGGGUUUAGGGUGCUUGGUUUCAUCACUGACUCUCUUUUUUUUUUCUUUUUAUUUUUUUGGUGUUUUUGUGCAAAAUGUUUUGGCAGCUUUUUGUAGGCAUAACAAGCAAGGUAGGACUAUUUUGUUUAUUAUCUUUUGCUUGUGAAUCACUGAAUCUCAAUGUUUUUAGCUUCUUGUUAGGUUUUCUUGAGUAGCUAUGUUUCAAAACUGGUGGAUCAUCAUGGAUGUUACCUUUGUUCCUUUCGUUUAAUCUUCUUGUGGAAGAAUACAUUAAUGAUGGUGUAGGCAAAGAAGCAAAUAGUGCAGAAAUGGGGGUUUGGAUUGGAGCUAUUGAAAUUUCAUGGCAAACUGUUUGUGAAAUUCUUCCUUUUUGGUAAGCCUUCCAAAUAUUUUA